AUGGAAAACUCCUCACUUCCAGAGCUCAAUUCCUCCUGUGAGGCUGGGCCCGCAGACUGCGCAGGGAGAGGGGAUGAGGGGCUGAAUAUGCCCCCUCCCCUGCUGAGCCCCAGCUUCUACGUCACGGUGCCUGUCAUAUACUCCAUCAUCUGUGCUGUGGGGCUGACAGGUAACACCGCUGUCAUCUAUGUAAUCCUCAAAGCCCCAAAGAUGAAGACAGUCACCAACAUCUUCAUCCUUAACUUAGCCAUUGCUGAUGAGCUCUUUACCUUGGUGCUGCCCAUCAACAUUGCCGACUACCUGCUCCUGCAGUGGCCCUUUGGAGAGUUCAUGUGCAAGCUCAUCAUCUCAAUAGACCAGUACAACAUCUUCUCCAGCAUCUAUUUCCUCACCAUCAUGAGCAUUGACCGCUACCUUGUUGUGGUGGCCACCACCAAGUCCAGGAAGAUGUCUUACCGCACCUACCGAGCAGCGAAGAUUGUGAGCCUUUGCGUCUGGUCUUUUGUCACAGUUAUCAUCCUGCCCUUCACUGUCUUUGCUAAGAUACACAUGGAGCAGGGGCGUUCCCAGUGUGUCUUUGUUUUCCCCCACCCUGAGAGCAUGUGGUGGAAAGGCAGUCGGAUCUAUACCCUUAUCUUAGGCUUUGCUAUCCCAGUGUCCACCAUCUGCAUCCUCUACACCAUCAUGUUGUGCAGACUGAGACGUGUGCAUCUCCACAGCAAUGCCAAAGCCCUGGACAAAGCCAAAAAGAAAGUGACACUGAUGGUGGUUGUCAUCCUGGCUGUGUGCCUGUUCUGCUGGACACCCUAUCACCUUAGCACCGUGGUGGCACUCACCACAGACAUCCCACAAACUCCUUCGAUCAUUGGGAUUUCCUACUUCAUCACUAGCUUGAGUUAUGCCAACAGCUGCUUUAACCCUUUCCUGUAUGCCUUUCUAGAUGACAGUUUCCGGAGGAGCUUUCGCAAACUGAUAGACUGCAGAACCACCUCAUAG